AGGUAACUUCCGCUCUCGCAAGGCAAGGCUGCCUGGAGGUACUUCUGGUGAAGUGAGAACCUGCAGCAUUCCGCUACUCCUCCGUGCGCUGGUGUCCCGGUGUGUCCUCUUGGGGACCGAGUCUGCAUCUCCGGGAGAAGCGGGGCACCAGUGACGGCGGCCGGUCCUCUCACGCUGGGCUCUACCUGAGGUGGCGCUGCCCGGGAUUCCUGGACCGGUCUCAGCUGCUUGUGUAGCACAGUGGGGGACUCUAGCUUCCCACCUGAGCUUGGCGGAGGAGCUUUGAUGGCAGUGUAUUGAAGCCUUGAGUGCUUGCUUCCCAGAGCCCUGCCUUGUCUCAAAGAGAAGAGAACGAUGACCAAAUUACAGGAGGCAGUGACGUUCAGGGAUGUGGCCGUGGUCUUCAGUAAGGAGGAGAUGGGGCUGCUGGACGCUGCCCAGAGGAAGCUGUACCACGAUGUGAUGCUGGAGAACCUCAGGAACCUCCUGGCAGUGGGAGGUCAGAGUCCACACAAGAUGGAGACUCUUGACUUAACAGGAUCGAGGUGCCUUUCACUGGGGUGGCUUCCAUGUUGGCACAUGACAGACCAUGAUGUCAAGAAACUGGCCAGAGCUCCUGACCUUAUAGUAAAGAUUCAAGGAAAGAGUUCUCACUUCCUGGGGCAGUGCCACUCCUGCCACAGGGGAACAGAAGAGCCUCCCCGGGUCUCUGAGGAUGACAGCAGUCCAGACAGUCUCUCAAGCGGUUAUCCCUGCAUUACCGAAAAUCAGGAAUUUCUCUCUGGGAGAACCCUGAGUUCUUGGAGUAAAACACGUUUUAGUGAGAGACGUGACCGUGGGAAACACUGUCCUCAGACCCCGGUGAAAACCAAGCCACAGCUGUUGGCUCUGGGUGUUGACAUUCUGAGUUUCAUUUCCCAUCAGGAUAACAAUACACUGCAUGAAAGAGACAAAGUCCACAGCAGUGGUGACUGUGACGAAGUCAUCUGUCCCCUGUCACAACUCACCCAGGAUUGUGAUUACACAGAACGGAAGGCCUACCAGUGCAGCCAGGGCCAAGAAGCCUUGCUUGACAACCCCAGUCAGGAAAUUCAUCAGCAGGUCCUCUUAGGAAAUAUGUCCCUUGUACAUAGGACACAGGAGGACACCAGCUAUAACUCCAGUGUCCCCAUUCAACAAAGUGUUCCUCCAGGAAGAAAGCGCUACUGGUGUCAUGCGUGUGGCAAGGGUUUCAGUCAGAGCUCAAAUCUUCAGACUCACCGGAGAGUGCACACGGGGGAGAAACCCUAUACCUGCCCUGAGUGUGGGAAGAGCUUUAACCAGAGCUCACACCUGUAUGCUCACCUGCCCAUCCACACGGGCGAGAAGCCCUACUGCUGCGACAACUGUGGGAAGGGCUUCAGCCGCAGCUCGGAUCUCAACAUCCACUGCCGCGUGCACACCGGAGAGAAACCUUACAAGUGUGAGGUGUGUGGGAAGGGCUUCACACAGAGGUCACACGUCCAGGCCCACGAGAGAAUUCACACGGGAGAGAAGCCGUAUAAGUGUGGAGACUGUGGCAAACGCUUCAGCUGUAGCUCGAACCUUCACACCCACCAGAGGGUCCACACUGAGGAGAAACCAUACAAGUGUGACGAGUGUGGGAAGCGCUUCAGCUUGAGCUUCAACCUCCACAGCCAUCAGCGGGUCCACACGGGAGAGAAGCCGUAUAAAUGUGAAGAGUGCGGGAAGGGUUUCAGUUCAGCCUCAAGCUUCCAAAGCCACCAGAGGGUCCAUACAGGAGAGAAGCCGUUUUGCUGCAGUGUGUGUGGGAAGGGUUUCAGUCAGAGCUCUUAUUUUCAAGCCCACCAGAGAGUUCACACUGGGGAGAAACCGUACAGGUGUGAUGUGUGCGGGAAGCGCUUCAACUGGAGCUUGAACCUCCACAAUCACCAGAGAGUCCACACGGGAGAGAAACCGUAUAAAUGUGAGGAGUGUGGGAAAGGCUUCAGUCAGGCCUCAAAUCUGCAGGCUCAUCAGAGUGUCCACACCGGCGAGAAGCCGUUCAAAUGCAAUGUUUGCCAGAAGAGGUUCAGUCAGGCCUCGCACCUCCAGGCCCACCAGAGGGUUCAUACUGGGGAGAAGCCCUACAAAUGCGACACGUGUGGGAAAGCCUUCAGCCAGAGAUCCAAUCUCCAAGUCCAUCAGAAGAUUCACACUGGGGAGAAGCCGUUCAAGUGUGAGGAGUGUGGGAAGGGAUUCAGCUGGAGUGCGGGGCUUACUGCUCACCAGAGGGUCCACACGGGAGAGAAACCCUACACGUGUCAGCAGUGUGGGAAGGGCUUCAGUCAGGCCUCACAUUUCCACACGCACCAGAGGGUCCACACUGGGGAGAGGCCCUACAUCUGUGGCAUCUGCUGUAAGGGCUUCAGUCAGAGAUCACAUCUGGUCUACCACCAGAGGGUCCACAGUGCAGGGAACCUCUAGGUUUGUUCUGUCAGGUGGGCUCCAUGCUGCUGGCUGCUAAAAGCUUCCCCCAAACCCAGAGGCUUCAGGAGACUUCACUGGCGAGAUGUGCUUCUCUUAGGGAGAUCAAUUUUGUUUUUAUUUUUUGUUUGAGACUAGAUUGCUUUGGCUGUCCUGGAACUUGCUCUGCAGACCAGGCUAGUCUUGAACUCACAGAGAUCCACCUCCUUUUGCCUCCUGAGUGCUGGUAUUAAAGGUGUGCACCCAGCUGGGAGAUCAGUUCUUUACAAAUAUCAGAAAUUACAUAGGAGAGGAUAAUUGCUCUGGGUAUUGUUACCAUGCUCAAGAGUUGUAAGGUUGCCACCCUCGGGAUAUGACAGGGCAGGAAAACCUCAGAAUCUAUCCAUGGCUGCAGGAAGGCUGCAGGAAGGGCUUCAAGCAAAGCUGGUGACAGGCAGAACCGUCGUUGACUGGAGCAUCCCUUCCUCUGGGCAGAGUUGCAUGUGGCCCAGGGCCCAGCCAAUUCUGGAGCAAGUGAGAAAAGACCCUGUGAGUCAGACUCAAAUUUGAAAACACUCGCCCGCUUUCAACCCUGCAUUCAUAUUGAUUCGUACUCCCCAGUAAUCUUACAGGGGCCUUUAGUCAUCGUCCUUGGGGUAUAGUGCUCCCCAGUCAAGUCUGCAGUGUGUGGCCUGCCUAGUAGCCAUUUUGCUUUGCACAGCAUAGCAACUCUACUGGAUGAUGUUUAGUAUUUGUAUUUAGUAGACCAAAACAAUGCUCUUUUUUGAAAAUUUUGUACUCAUCAGCCUAGUAAGAUGAAUUGAAACUUACGCGAUUGGAAUUUUGGGCCCUGAAUUCACUGGGGAGAGGGCCUUUUACUGUAAUCCCUGCUGCAAAUGUUUUUACAAAGUAUUUCACUGAUGACAGAAAGGUUCUCAGUAAACUUGAGUUGUCAAUGA